CCUCGCGACAGGUGACGGGCAACAUGUCCGUGUUCGAGGUCUGCAAGGAGAUCCGCGACAAGUACGAGGGCUCCGGCGGCGCCGACCAUGGUCUGUUCUGGCCCGACCAGCGCAAAUGGCUCGUCUCCAACAAGGUCCUCGACUACUACGACCUCAAAUCCGGUGACACCCUCGAGUUCAAGAAGAAGCACCGACUUCUCAAGUUCAGGACCCUUGACGGGAGCGUCAAGACGGCGCUGAUUGACGAGAGCUCGCUCGUCAAGGAUCUCGUCGCGGCCGUCUGCGAAAAGAUUGGACUCUCCAAUUCGGACGAGUACUCAUUCCAGCGCGAAGUCGAUCCAUCCAAGGAGCCCGAAAAGACCAAAAAGAAGGACAAGGACCGCCACGAGAUCGAGGAGCACAACUGGCUCAUCCCCGACCAAAGCCUGCCCGAACAGGGUCUGACCGAGGCCGACACCGUCAUUCUCAAGAAAAAGUUCUUCUUCACCGAUCAAAACAUUGACCGCAACGACCCGGUGCAGCUCAACUUGCUCUACAACCAGUCCAAGGAGAUGAUCAUCUCCGGCAAGCAUCCAUGCACCCUGCAGGAAGCCAUCCAGUUUGGCGCGAUCCAGUGUCAGAUCCAGUAUGGUAACCACGAGCCGGACAAGCACAAGCCUGGCUUUUUGCCAGUCUCCGAGUAUGUCCCUCCCGAAUACCGCAAGUCCAAGGAUCUCGAAAAGAAGAUCCUUGUCGAGCACUCCAAACUCCAGGGCCUCUCCGAACUCAAUGCAAAGUUCCGCUUUGUACAGCUCAGCCGCUCCCUCAAAACCUAUGGCAUCACCUUCUUCCUGUGCAAGGAAAAGCAACAAAAGAAAAACAAGCUCAUCCCCGUCCUCCUCGGCAUCACCAAGCAGAGCGUCGUGCGUCUGGAUGUCGAGUCCAAGGAGAUUAUGCAAGAAUGGAAGCUCACGCAGCUGCGUCGGUGGGCUGCCGCCAACAACAGCUUCACGCUCGACUUUGGCGACUAUGCAGACGCAUACUACAGCGUGCAGACUCCUGAAGGCGAGCAAAUCUCCCAGCUGAUAUCCGGAUACAUUGACAUCAUCCUCAAGAAGCGAAAGGACGCCGAAAAGAUCGUCGAGCACGAGGUCGAAGAGCAGGCUGUUGUGGAAGAGUACGUCCGCCCUGCCAAGGCCAUCGCCGUUGGAUUUAGCGCUGGCGGCGCCCGGCAAGCCACCGAGAGCCACCCGACGGGCGUCGGCAUGGCUCCUGGAUGGGGCGGUGGGCCACAGAUGUAUGGCGGGAUGCAGUAUGGAACCGGCAUCGGCAGUGCGUACAACACCCAGAUUGCGAAUGCUCAACAGUCGCUUCUGCAAAACAUCCGGAGCGCCUGUGCCCUGAUCAACACCGUGGCCAUGGACUUGGGCAUCCCUGUGGCGCUGCCACCCAUCGGAAGCGACCCUGCCUCGAUUGCGUGGAGGCAGCAGACCGUGGACAUGAGUGCCACAUCGGUGGCCUCUCAGAUCGCAAGCCAUCUUGCCGCCAUCGCCGCCAUCAUCAACUCGGUCUCUGGCAAUCGCGACACGGUCGACUACGACGCCAUGGGCUCCAAGAUCCUCACCGUCCAGUCCAACAUGGGUCAGAUUGGCCAGGGCAUGAAGAUGUUGGCUGGCCUCGCCGACUCGGACGAGCAAAAGGACGAGCUCCUGAAGGCGGCCAAGGCGCUCGCCCAAACCACGGGCCAGAUGCUCGAGCUUUCCCAGAGCGUCAUUGCGGGCCAGCCCAGCAAGGAGAGCUUCUAUGGACUUACAGGCGAGGUUGCCGGUGCCGCCUCCGAUCUCCUUGGCCUGAUCGAUCGUCUGGACGUCUCCGAGGACAGCCAGAACGACCUGAUCGAUGCCGCCAACGCCGUCGCUAAGGCCUCGGCCGAGCUCGUUGCCGUCGCAAGAAGCAUCUCGACGGGCUUCAAGGAGCCCGAUCUGCAGCAAGCCGUUGCUCAAGACACACGCUUUGUUGCCGACUCGGUUAGCCAGUUGGUCGCAUGUGCAGCCGCAAUCUCGCCAUGCAUCACCAGUCAGCUUUGCUUUGACGAGCUGCUGGAAGCCUCGGUGCUACUCAAGGAGAACAUUGCCUCGCUGACCGAGUCGUCCCGGCCAUGCCAAAACGCCAAGCUGACGACGGCUCUGCACGAGUCCAUCGCCAAGGUCGAGGAGGCCAUUGCUCGUCUGAUCGACAAGGCCAAGAAUGGCGGCGACAAGAAUCGCGUCGAUCCGCUCGAUCUCUGCUACGACCAGCUCCAGGUCUCGAUCGAGCAGAUGCUCGCCAACAUUGCCGACUCGGAGGGCAUCAUCCGCGCCGCUCGUGACAUCGCCUUGACCGCGACUCAGUAUGCCAACACCCUCAAGAGCACCUCGGCCGAAACGGCCAAUGCCGAUGAGCGCGGGCGGCUGCUCAACUCGGCGCGGCUACUCGCCGAUGCCACCUCGAUGAUGGUCGGCGCCGCCAAAGAUGCCUCGAAGAACACGGCCGACAUGGACAAGCGCCAGGCCUUGAACACAGCCCUGCACGAGCUGCAAGAGGCCUCGCGCCGCGCCGUCGGACCCGAACUCCAUGUCAAAGUCUUCAACAAGCUCGGCAACGGCAUGAAAGCCUACGUGACCUCGGCGCACCAGCUCACUGCCGCCAUCAAAACCGCCGCCACCUCGAACCGCAAUCAGUCCUCGCAGAUCCAGAUGAACCAGGCCUCCAAAAAGGUGGCGGACAUCAUCCCUGCGCUCGUCGUUGCGCAAAAGGCCUAUGCAGGCGCGCCAACGGACACCGUCUCGCAGCUCAAGCUGCUACAGGCCGCCAAGCUGAUCAUCACACCCGGCAGCGCCAUCAUCUCGGCCGCCAAGGCUGCCGCCCCGACGAUCGGCGACGCUGGUGCCCAGAACCAACUCAACUCCACCACGAACCGCAACUCGGACGACCUCACCGCGCUCGAGAAGGCACUGCAGGUGGCCGAGGACAUCAGCCUCAAGUCCGAGAUCGAAAACGCCGUCGACUCGGUGCGAGGCAUGCAGGAUGAGCUGCUUGUAGCAUCCCAGAACGUGACUGCUCUGGAGUCCUGCAGCGAGGAGGACGGCCGAUUUGCCCAGCAGCAACUUCAGGACCUUGUCAAGAACAUUGACCGCACCGUGGGAAUGCUCGUGACAGGCGUCGAGCAGACCAACGGCAAGUUCACCCGCGCCGCUGCCGCCGAUGCCGUCAGCUACCUGCAGAAUCUCAAGUCUGCAUCGAUGACCCUGGCCUCCUCCGAGAAGGACGAGAAUCUGCGCCAACAGAUCCUGAGCGCCGCCAUGGGGGUGGGCGACACUCUGGCCUCUCUGAUCUCGGCCGCGAAGACAUCAAUCGACGUGCAAGACUCGCCGGCCGAUCUGGACGCCAUUUCCAAAAGCGCCGCAGAGGCCUUGAGCAGCAUUGUGGCCUGUCUUCCUGGCCAGCGCGACCUCACGAUUGCUCACGGCAAUAUUUCCAAGACAACGGAUGCCCUCAAGACCAGCGGACUUUCCAAGGCCGCGGGCGAGGGUGAAACGUACCAGACGGCACAAACCAAACUGCAGGCGGCCGCCUCGGGCCUCACCGUCAGCGCCAACAACAUGGUCUUGGCCGCCAGAAGCACUCCUCUGGAGCUCAAGAACGCCGCCGGCUCCUACCAGGCCGCCUUUGCCAAGCUGCUGCAGGCGUGCGAAUGCUUCUGUGUCAAGACUACCGAUGCCUCCGUGAGCGCCAAGGUCGGCACGCACAUGGUGGAGAUUGGAUCUGCGAGCUGCGACCUCCUCGUUGGCGCCAAGGCCUCGUUCAGUGACCCUGCAAACGCCGGUUUGCGGAACCAGCUCAUUUUGUCGGCCUGCAGCGUUGCCGACCUGGUCAACAAGCUCUUGGACGUGUGCUCGGCCUCUGCCCCAGGCCACACCGAAUGCAACCAGUCGCUGCAGAGCCUGGCUCAGUCUCUGGCCAAGCUCGAGGGCAUCAGUGACGGCGGCAGCAGCGACUCGUACGGCGACUGCUUCGUCAAAGUCUCCUCGGCCUCCAAGGACUUUGCAACGGUCUCCAAGAACAUCGUACCGCUGGCCAAAGAGGGCAGCCCCAGCAAAAUGUCCCUGGGCAUCGUCGAGGUCUGUAAGGUGCUCAGUGCCGUCACUGACGCCAACAUCCGCGCCAUCUACCUGAUCGGCGUCUCGGACAGCUCCUCCGUUGCCGCGGUCCCGCCCGUGCUCGAUCAGGGCUCGUUUGCCCAGGCCGGGGCAGACAUCAAGGAUGCGUGCAAGGAGCUUGUCAACCCCGAGAACACACAGCAGCAGAUUCUUGCGCUGGCGGCCAGCAUAGCCAAGCACACCUCGACCCUGUGCACCAGCUGCAAGGUUGCUGGCCAGAAUCCAACCGUUAGUCCUCUCUCGAAGCAGCAGUUCAUCACCUCGGCCAAGGACGUUGCUGGCAAGACCUCAGCCUUGGUCAACAGUCUCAAGGCACUGGCCAUCGAGCUGAGCCCUGAGGCCCGCGAGCAGUGCGAGGCAAACACCAAGCCGCUCAUCGACGCCGUCGACAAGCUCGUCAGCUUUGGCAUGUCUCCGGACUUUGCCGGACAGCCAGCAAAGAUCUCCGAGACUGCAGCCGUGGCGCAAAGGCCACUGAUCGACUGCAACCGCGCGCUCCUGGCCACCGGUCAGGACCUGGCAAACACCGCCAAGUUGAUCUGCACCAAUCCAAAAGACCAAGGCUCGAUCCAGGUGCUCUCGGCGUACGUGCGAGCUCUGACCGACUCGAUCAAAAACGUGGCCGACACCAUCGCAGCGAACGCACCCGGCCAGAAAGAAUGUGACCAGGCGCUUGAGCAACUGGCGCAAGGCGUGAGCGAGCUUGAGGCAGCUAGCAUGGAGGCCUCCAUCAACAACCUGGCGCCAAGACCGCCCGUCGACAAGAACAGCCUUGUCGAUACCGUCAAGACGCUGUCAUCCCUGGUCGAACUGGCCGCCAAGGCCGUGAAGGAAGAUACCAGUCAGCUCGGAUCGUCCAUCUUGGAGAUCCCAAGCAACUUUUCGGCAGCCGCAGCGCACACCAUCGCCAUCGCUUCCAAUUCUCCCGAUGCAGAAUCGCAAGCGCAGAUCCUCAACAACAGCAAGGUCCUCGGAGAUGUGCUGGUGUCCUUCAUUCACACCGCAAAGCAGGCCAGCAGUGCCGCCGGGAUCAAAGAUGCCGCCGUCAAGAACGAGGAGAUGCGAGCCAAGGUCCGCGCCGCGAUCAGCAAGAUCGUGACGACCCUCGAGGGCUCGCGUGACGACUCGGGCGAGUUUGCCAAGUCCGUGGAGGCCAUCGAGGGCAUUGUGGGCUCGCUGGACUCGAGGAUCCAAAAGCUCGUCACGGCAACGAAUGCCCAGCCGUAUCAAGUCUGCGCCAAUUCCAUCGAAGCCUCGUGCAAGCAGGUCGUCGAGACAGUCGGCGACGUCAUCGGCAAGGCAAAGACUCCGGCGCAAUUCCGCGAGCUCGCCCAGAAGAUCUCGACAAUGUACGACCAGAUCGCCCAGGACGGCGGCUCAGCCAUCUGUGCCGCCGAGGAUCUGAAGGCCAAGCAGGGUCUCCAAGACGCGCUGCGCGAGCUCGGCGGAUCCAACAUCAAGCUCAUCGAAGCCAUGCGCCUCGCGAGCUCCAAAAGUGCCGCGGAUAGCGCCAGUCGCCUGAAGCUCAACCAAACAGCGCGCGAGGUAUCGACUGCGGUGGCCAACUUGAUGAACGUCUUGAAGGAGGGAUCCAAGGGGCUGCUUGUCUGCCAGGCGGCUGUCGGCAGCGUCAACGAUGUCAUCUCUGAUCUCGAGUCGACAAUCAUCUUUGCGCAAGCCGGACAGCUGGACCCGGUCGACACCAAGGACAAUUUCGGUCGCCACAAGGACAACCUACUGACCUGCGCCAAGCAGAUGAUUGAGCUUGCCAAGGGUUUCAUCGGCGCCGUCACCGGAAACCAGGAGCAGCUCGCGACCGUGGCUACCAACUCGGUCAAAGCCAUGGAGGCCCUGAAGGACCAGGCAAAGAAAGCCGCCAUCUCGGUGACGUCGGGAGACAAGCACAUGCAGCAGCAGCUCCUGUCGGCGGCAAAGUCGGUGUCCGAGUCCCUGCAGGGCCUGAUCAACGGCGCCAUGAACGCAUUCGGAAAGACCCCCAACGACCCGUCGAUGGUUCUGUUGGCAGCAGCCGUCAAGGUCGAGUUUGGCGCCAUCUCGGACCUGAUUCGGGUGACCAAGCUCCUGGGCGACGAGUCGUCGCGAGGCAUCCGCGCCCUCGACGGCGCCACGACAGACAUUGACGAGGCAGUGCAGGUCCUGGGCUCGGAAGCUCCCGCCGAGGGAACGGCUCUUCCGGAAGAGGUCGUCAACCUGGCCAAGAACCUGACGACCGCCGCGGCGCUGCUGGUAAAUGUGUCGAGCGGCCAUCAAGACGAAAUGGUGGCGGCAGCCAACGCGAUCAAGAAGCAAGUCGUCGACCUGGCCCGGGCCGGCAAGGCCUCGACGGAAAACGCACCGGACGACAAGAAGAACGACAUGAUCGAGGCCGUGAGAAAGACUUGCGUCGCCGUCAAUGUCCUGCUCGCACGCGUGCGCCAGCUUCAAGAGAACAACACUCUAGCCAACAAGGCCAACAUCCAGGGUGGCGCCAAGCAGGUCGCCACGGCGGUUACCGAGGUUGUUACGGCGGCGGCCGGGCUAGUGCCAGGAGGCUAUGUCGAUCCAAAUGACCCGAACGUCAUCGCCGAGCGGCAGCUGCUCGCAGCCGCUGCAUCAAUCGAGGCCGCCUCAAAGAAACUGCUCGAGCUGCGCCCGCCUGACAAGCCUCGGGCGGUCAACGAGGACCUCAACUUUGAGGACCAGAUCCUUGAAGCCGCCAAGGCGAUCGCGGCCGCCACAGCCGCCCUGGUGCGCUCUGCCACAGGGGCCCAGCGCGAGAUUGUGUCCAAGGGCAAGGUCUCGAACGGGCCCGGCAAGACUUACUUCUCGGACGGCACAUGGACCGAUGGCCUUGUCUCUGCUGCCAAGAUGGUCGCUAACGCCACGACGGACCUCUGUGAGGCCGCAAACCAGGCAGUCAAGGGCGGUGUUCAGCGCGAGCGAGUGAUUGCCUCGGCCAAGGCUGUUUCGUCGUCGACGACACACCUCUUGGCGGCCGCAACCACAAAGACAGAUCCCAACUCGCAAGCGCAGAUCCGGCUCCGCGCUGCAGGCAAGGCUGUCACAUCGGCAACGGACCAGCUGGUGAAGGCUGCCGAGGAAGCCCUGGCAUUCAACGAAGCCGAGCAGAUGAGCAACAUGAUGCAGGCCGCGACCUCAACAACCUCCACGACGGCAGCUCGUGUCAUGGAGAUGGAGGCGCAAGUGUCGAUCCUGAAGAUGGAGAAGGAGCUGGAGAAGGCUCGCUCGAAGCUCGCAGCAGUGCGCAAGGGCCGAUACGAGGGUGCUCAGGCGACCCAAGCGUUGAGCGCCGCACAGACGGCCAGUGCGGCGGCAGCCUCGCCCGCUGCGGCCAGUCCAGGAUCCGACAGCGCAGCGACCCCAUCAAAGACCUCGCCUGCAAGGAAGACGGCUGGGCGGAUGUAAAGAGCCCACACGCACCUCCUGGAGACCACCGCCCACUCGGAACAGUGGCCAGCCCAGGCACCCUCGGCUUUCGCACGCAUUCCAAGAACAACAGGCAGCGACAGCAUGGCCGUGCGAUCUCUGCCACAAAUAUCUUGACAGCAAUUUGAAAUGAUGAUGUGCCUCGUUCCCAUACUUCCCUCAGCGUCGCUGGUUUGAUUCCUAUAGAACAGCAAUGAGAGUAUCUGCAAUAUCCGUUCUUGGACAUGCGCAUGCGCAUGCGCAGCCGCCUCAGUAGCUCGUCGCUGACUGGAAAUACAUGUUCUUCGCUUUAACAAG